AUGGCAGACUCAGGUGGUUUAUCUGCAUUACAGUUUAGUGGCGUUGAAAAGGAAGUUAUAGAAAGAAAAAUAAAUGUUACUGAUGAUGCUGUAAGUAUUAGAAAAGAUAAACAGGAGUUUUAUGAAAUUUCGAGGUGCGUGGAUGUCAUAAGGAGUCAUGGUUUUCAUAAGAUUGCACUCCAGUUUCCAGACUCUCUGUUAACUGAUUCAGCUGCUGUUGCUUCAUUGAUUGAAAAGCUGACGGGGAAGAGAGUGUUUGUGUUAGCUGAUACUUCAUAUGGAAGCUGUUGUGUUGAUGAAAUUGCUGCAGAACAUGUUGAGGCAGAUUUUAUUAUUCAUUAUGGCAGAGCUUGUUUAAGCCAGACACAGCGACUUCCCGUGCUGCAUGUUUUUGGUAAAUGGUCAAUCAGUGUUCAGAGUUGCCUGGAACAAUUUGGACAGUUAUUUCCAGAUACUGAUGUCAAAGUGAUUGUGUUUUGUGAUGUGGUGUACGAUCAUUGUAUGGGAGAAUUGCAGAAUUCUAUCAAACAGAAUUACUCUAAUGCUGUUUUCGCAAAGCUCAUCUGCUCCACGUUCAAUCAAGAAGGGGACCUGUCGCAAGGAAAUAAGCAAAAUGUCGAUGAGAUCAAUUCCCAGGGCAUAAGAAUGGAACAAACACAAUCAUCAGCUGAAACAUUACAAGUAGAUGUUGAAAUGACUUCUCUUGAAGGUCAUGGGAAUAUUCAGCGUGUUAAAAAUGGUUAUUUUUGUAGGUUUGGACGUGAAUUUAAUCUUCCGGCAGAUACACACUUGAAGGACUUUGCUGUAUUUUUCAUUGGCAGUGAAAGUUUGUGUUUGCACAAUUUGAUGAUGACAUAUAACACAUGUCAGUUCUAUUCAUAUGAUCCUUGCACCAAUAUUGGCAGAAAAGAGACACUGAAUGUGAAUAAGGCACUUAUGAAAAGAUAUUAUAUGAUACAACGAGCCAAAGAUGCACAAGUGGUUGGAAUAGUAGUGGGUACAUUAGGAGUAGCGGAUUAUUUAAAAGUUAUUGAAAGAUUGAAACAAGUAGUAAAGCUUGCUGGAAAAAAGUCUUAUUUGUUUGUCAUGGGGAAGCUUAAUGUGGCAAAAAUGGCAAACUUUAUGGAGGUGGAUGUGUUUGUGUUGGUUGCUUGCCCUGAAAACACUCUGAUUGACUCACAGGAAUUUUAUAAACCAAUAGUUACUCCUUUUGAAAUGGAAUUGGCCUGUUUGAGAACUCGGGAGUGGACAGGAGACUAUAUAACAGACUUUAGGGAACUGUUACCAGGAGCUAGUGCUUCAGUUGAACUCGAAGUAGAAGAGAAUAUGGAUGAAUCCAGUGAGAUCCCAGAUGUUUCCCUAGUGACUGGACAUCUGGGACCCACUUAUCGUUCAUCAGACGUGGACAGAGGGAAUUCUUCAAGAUCACUGGUCGAGCGAAAUCAGGAAACAAGUUUGUCAACUCAACACCACACUUCGGCAGCGGAGUACCUUGCAUCAAGAUCAUGGAGGGGACUGGAACAGAAACUUGGUGAAACCCCUGUGGCACAAGCAGUGGAAGGAAGGACGGGCAUUGCAGCUGGGUACUCACAUGAGAAGGGCCAAGAUCAAGACAGUCAGAAGGACCCCAUUCAGUGACUGGCCGGGGUACUAACUCUAUAAAUUUACAAGGACACUAUUCGCUCCCGUACGUGACGGUAAUCAGCUUCUUCAGCUGGAAUGCGGAGCGAAAAUCGUUAGGCUCUGAAACCUGUUAAACGCGUAAGCGUCGCCUAGACAAUGGCCUGGUCAUUUCCGUAAAGUUUAUUCCAUAGGGAAGCUUGGGCUCUAGGAUGAGGACUAGCCCUCAAUUCCUGAAGUCUUUGAAAUAUAUUUUAAAACAGAAUCAACCAGCAAGAAAAAGUUUUAGUGAAAAAAAUAAUAACAAAUAUAUAAUAACGAAGUGCUUUGUCAUGUAGAUGAGACAACUCGGUGUUUUAGCCUCAAUCAACAAAUUGAAAUUUUUCCCUCUCACAAAACACUCUUUUCUUCAUUCAUAGAGAAAAGGUGUUCUCUCUAUGCAAUUUUCAAAUGUGAUUUUCGAGCUAUUCUCAAGAAGGAACCAGUGGCCUUUUUUUUGUUGCUAGGCGAGGAAGCAGAAGUUAGAAGUUAGAGGUGGAUUGUGGGAAGGGUGAAAAAUGGGCAGAGUUUGGUUCUCGGAAGGGGAGGGUAUUGAAAAAAAAA